CAUGCGCGCCGCGGGCUCGAGCGCUGCAGUGCUCCUCAGCUGUGCUGGUUACUGCGAUGAAUGGUAACACUAUCCAGCAGACCACGAGCAGCGUGCCGCUCCUAGCGCCCCCCUCUGACUGGAAGGAGUUCUGCGAGUUGCACGCCAGCGUCACGGCUCGGCAGCUGGCCCUGCACUACCGGCACUUUGCCAGGGCCCGCCCGCCGCACGAUGUCUUCCCCCCGGAGAGCUUCAGCCAGCAGUUCAGCACCCUCUUCCAGCAGCACUUCUGCAGCGAGGUGGCCAAAGAUGCCCUGCUGCCGCCUCCGCUGCCACUGCCGCUGCCGCCGCCGCUGCCCGUGAUGACCAGCCAUGUGCGCAUCACCUCCAUCUCUGAAGCUCUGGAUUACCGGGAGCCGAGCAGCGCCACCCUGCUGGGCGUUCUGCCGGCCAAACCGGACGUGGUGACGGUAAACCGGGAGCAGGAGCGGCCUUUACGCUGUUCGCCCAAUGACACUACAGGCCGAACUCUCGGCCACGCCCCCGACGAGGAAGAAGAACCCCUCCCACAGCGCUCGAAUGUCUCAAACAUCUCGAACACCUCAGUCAGUCGUUUCCGACGGAGAUUGAGCCAGAUUUUUAAAAAGCGAUCUCCCCCGGAAGAUCGCAUCCACAGCAGUUCCGGGGACGAAUCGGAAAGGAGGGGUGUGGCCUCAGGGACGGCCGAUCGUCUCUCCGCCUCUCCGUCUCCCCCGUCUCCCCCGACAGCGCCUCCCAGUGGCGCACAUCUGCUGACGCGUUUUACUCAGAGCUUCAGGAAGCGGCAGCAGAGCACAAAACGGCAGCAGGAAGGUGGCAGCACCUGUAUGGACGGGCAGCUGCGGUACCUGGUGGAGGACGACAGUAUCUCCGACACGGCGCCUCGGUGGCAGCGCUGCCGCCUGCUGGUCAGGAGAACAAGCAACAGGUUUCAGCUGGAGCUCUACGACCCACCGAAGGGUUCGAGUCCGAAGCUGACAGCACGCUGUUCCGACAUCAUCGAUGUUCGACGCUGUAAUCGACUCGAGAUGCCGGAUAACAUGAACACAUUUGUAUUAAAGGUUAAUCACUAUCAGGGCAGUUUUAUAUUCGAGGCGGAGGACGAGCAGCAGGUCAGCUCCUGGACGUCAGAACUGCGAGGGUGUAUCAACAACAGGGCUGAUGGCGUGGAGCCACAGUUAGUCUUCUUUCCUGUGGGUGAUUCUGUAGCAGCAGUACGGAGGGGGAGCGCGGAGUCUGGCAGCCAGAGUUCUCCGAGCUUCAUGCUGGAACAGGCGUAUCAUAAAACAGACCACUUCCUGUCCUCCUACCCCUGGUUCCACGGCCCCAUCUCCCGAAACCGGGCCGCCUGCCUGGUCCAGCACGCCGGGGUCGGGGGUCACGGCAACUUCCUGGUCAGACAGAGUGAGACACGGCGAGGAGACUACGUCCUGACCUUCAACUACCAGGGCAGAGCCAAGCACCUGCGUCUGUCUCUGACGGAGUGGGGUCAGUGUCGGGUUCAGCACCUCCGUUUCCCCUCUGUAGUCGACAUGCUCGCCCACUUCCGCAUCUCCCCAAUCCCACUGGAGUGUGGGGCAGCGUGUGACGUCCUAUUGGCCAGUUACAUCCUGGCCACACCCACUCACUCAGGUCAUUGUUCUGCUCUGGGAACUCCAGUUCUGGUGCCUUUCUCUCGCUGCAGUUCAGAACCGAGUCUGGCUCACUGUGGCCUCGACCCGUUUGCUCACUCGCCUCCAUCGAGCGCUCCACCCACCGGGGCCUCCAACACUCCCAUGCACCGCCCACCGCUCUCCGAUCGUCCGGCUCCUCCCCCCGAUCGCCUGGGCCCCGCCCCCCUGCGCCGCAGCGAGUCUGUGGGCCGCCGGACUCUCCUCCGCCACCCCAACCCACUGCCCCCUCUCCUCCACAGCCGCGACUCGGAUUACGAACUGGAGCCGCCCGACAGGGGGCGCAAGAGAGCCAUCGACAACCAGUACAUGUUCUUCUGAUGGAGAGAACGAAGCAAGACGUCAAGAACGCAAGAAAACAGCAGCAGCAGCAGCAGCACAGAACGACCGACCGACGACCGCUUCUGGAACAGAGCACUCUCCAGCCAGACAGAAGUGGCUUCUUUCUCCAGUAGGGGGCGCAAUAGAAGAAGCCAGCAGAUUCACCAGCGUUCUCUGGUGCGGGAGAGAGGGAGGGUCUUCCUUUAGUCACUUAACUGUGGGGGGAGGUGGUCCAGAAAGCCCUCCUCGUGCAGAACUGCCGUGACGCAGGGUCCGUUAAACCAAACUCCUGUUCCGUAAAUCAAAAAUCCGUAAAUCGUAACUGAUAACGGGUCAGAACUGAUAACCGAUAACGCGUCGCAGAACGCGGAGGGUCUCCUGCAGGGUCACGAGGAUGGCGGCAGAUUGUGUCUCUGUGCAGAGCUCACGUAACAGACGCACUCUUCACUAAUCCCUUUUGCAUUAGUGAGAGGUCUGACAAUCACGUCCACCUUGAAUGUAUUUUUUAAGAGUUUUUGCCACUAUUAAGUAGGGAGAAGUCAAACGGACAGGAGACAGCAUCCGCCAGAGUACAGCUUCUCCACUCCGGUCAACAAGAACCGAAGAGUUCAGAAGAGUUCAGACGUUGGGUUGGUGUGACUUGCCUUUGUGGAAAAAAAAAGAGUGUGCUCAGUUCCAUCUGUGGAGAGUUACAGCCCUGAAGAGCUUAGUUUCAACAAAAUAGCCCAAAAUGUCUCAAUUGGUGCCUCAAGUGGCACCACAAAGAUACUUUAAGGACUUUAAAGAGUUCUGGUUGGUAGGUACAGUAUGUUGUCAAAAGUAUUUACUGGUAGUAUGAGAUGUUGGCCAAUAUGAUGUCAGCCCAACAUUUUGCAUCUAUAACAGCUUCAACUUUUCCUGAGAGGCUUUCCUCAAGGUUUAGGAGUGUGUUUAUGGUCAUUCUUGACCGUUCUUCUUAAAGAAGAGCAUUUGUAGGUCAAAAACUGAUGCUUGACAAUAAGAUCUGGCUCACAGUCUCCACUCCAAACUCACCAGAUCAUCCAUCUCCAUCUUUAUGGAGCUUACUUUAUGCUCUGGUGCACAGUAGUCAUGUUGGAACAGGAAGGGAAUGUUCCCAAACUUACCGCAAAGUUAGGAGUGUGAAACUGAAGGUCAUGAUCUGGUUGGUCAGGUUUGUUUGAUUAGAACUGAAACUGAAGUCUGGGCUGCAGUAAAUCUUCAGGACUGAAAUUGAGCUCCUCCUAUAGAGCAGUGCUCUUUAAAGCAGCUCUUGGGAUGCUGCAGAAGGUCCAGAUAUGUGUUAGCGUUAGCACUUGUCGCUGUAUAA